AUGGAUGAAGAUCCCGACGACAAGGAUGACACAAAACGAAAGUCUCGCAACCUCAGUGAGAAGAAACGGCGCGAUCAGUUUAAUCUGCUGGUCAACGAGCUCAGCUCGAUGGUGUCGUCCAACAGUAGAAAGAUGGACAAGUCCACCGUCCUGAAAUCAACGAUCGCGUUCCUAAAGAGCCAUAACGAGAUUGCGGUCCGUUCCCGGGUGCACGAGAUUCAGACGGACUGGAAACCAUCGUUCCUAUCGAAUGAGGAGUUUACCCACCUUAUUCUGGAAGCGCUGGAUGGGUUUAUCAUCGUGUUCUCCUCCACGGGGAGAGUAUUUUACGCAUCUGAAAGUAUUACCUCGCUGUUAGGGCAUUUACCGAGUGACCUCCUGAAUAUGACGGUGUAUGACAUGGUGUACGAAGAUGAUCAGAACGAUCUGUACAAUAUAUUGCUAAACCCGACUACUGUAGUCGAUCCCCUGCAGACAGGCAUCAGUCGCGAGAAUCAGGUAACGUUUUCCUGCUACAUUAAGCGAGGAACGGUGGAUUACCGGGCAGAUGUGUCGUACGAACAUGUGCAGUUCACUGGAUACUUCCGAAGUGACGUCGACACGGAAUCUCUUAUGACGACGUCCCGGUUUAGUGGCUACACGAGCGAUGCCGACUCGCGGCUCGUGUUCGUCGGCACGGGACGACUGCAGACACCACAGCUCAUUCGUGAGAUGUCGAUCGUGGACAACACGAAGAGUGAGUUCACAUCCCGCCACAGUCUCGAGUGGAAGUUCCUGUUUCUCGAUCACCGUGCGCCACCCAUCAUCGGUUACCUCCCGUUUGAAGUGCUGGGAACUUCCGGGUAUGACUAUUAUCAUUUUGACGAUCUGGAAAAGGUGGUGGCUUGUCAUGAAGCAUUGAUGCAGAAAGGCGAAGGUACCUCGUGCUACUAUCGGUUUCUUACCAAGGGACAGCAGUGGAUCUGGUUGCAGACGCGAUUCUACAUCACCUACCAUCAGUGGAACUCGAAGCCAGAGUUUGUCGUGUGUACGCACCGAGUGGUGAGCUACGCGGAUGUUAUGAAGCAGAUGCGUAACCAGACGGGCGGUGACAGCAAGUUCUCUGAGGAUGCGGACAGUAUCAGCGUACACGGUGUGGAGCGAAAGUUUCAACAAUCGUCCUCCCAAAGUUUGCUGGCUACCUCGCCAUGGAGUUCGAAGAGUUCCCGUACGUCCCGGGUAGCUCCAACGCCCGGCGUUUCUCCAACAGGACUAUCGAACCGUGGUCGCCAUCGGUACAAUACGUACCAUGGUCCAGGAUCGGAUUCGGCAACGUCCAUAUCUACGGAAUCUCAUACCAGUCGUCAGUCGUUGGUAACGCAACAUUCGCGUUCUCGCAUGCGUACCAGUACAUUUCCAUCGAAGGUAUCUUCGCACGGUAGUCAACAGGACAGGAAUUCCGUGUCCCAUUUCUUACUACAGCAACCGCAGCAAUCGCAACCGAACGUGGGACAUCAUUUACAACCCGCACAGCUUCAGCAACAGCAACAACAACUCCAACAGCAACAGCAUCAACUCCAACAUCAGCAACAACUUCAUCAACAAUCCCAUCCACUGAUGCAGCAGCACCAACAAAUGCAGGGACACCAAGCCCAGCAGCAGCAUCAACCGCUACAACAACAGCAAACACAGCACCCAUCGAUGAUACCAAACCCACCGGUGGUUGACGUUUAUCCGCAUCAACUGCAAGGUCAGCACCCUCAUCAGCAACCGUCUCAUCAACAAGUACAUCAACAGCAGCAACAGGUAGCUUCACUUCAGCAACAGCACUCAGCAGUGCAACAGCAGCAGCAACAGCAACAGCAGCAGCAGCAGCAGCAACAACAGCAAUCCAUUCCACAACCGUCAACCACAGCACGACCGCCGGCCACGAUCAUCACUCCACCGGUAACGCAAAUCAUCACUGCGACCGGUUUUAUCGAACCGCAACAGUAUUUGACGGCCAUACCGGUACAAUCGGUGGCUGGCUUUACGGAAACAGCGCCCGGUGUCCUUUCGCCGAUUCAGUCCACCUCCCCGCACGGUGCAUACGCUGUUGCUCAUCAUCCUGCAGUGACUGGGACGGGCGGUGUCGUUCUGACGCCCAGUCAAAACCAAGUGCAAGAUCAGCUGCAGCGGAAACACGAGGAGCUGCAGCAUUUGAUACUGCAGCAGCAGGAAGAGUUGCGUCGCGUGCAGGAGCAGCUACUUAUGGCCCGGUAUGGGUUGCUACCGUCCAUCGUGUCUCUCCCAUUUCCGCCCGGAACGGGCAGCGGACCAGGACCAGGGCCAAGUGUAGGACCGGGAGAUCGUUGCAAUAGCGGAGGUUCGUUUCUACAAGCACAUCACCAGGCAGCACACGGGAACUCGUUCCAUCAUCAUCAUUACCAUCCAGCUUCAGCACAGUCACAGCAUCCUCCUAGUCACUCGGGAGUGCUCCAUGCACAACAGUCACAGCAUCAACAGCAGCUUGUCCAAGAACAACAACAACAACAACAGCAACAACAGUUGUGCGUAGGUCCCCCGGACCAGAAACCAAUUUUACAUCCCGAUCCCGAGCAGCUCAAUUUCACCGACACUGGACAGGGCAAGCUGACAGAGUCGAACGAGAUGAUAUCGUACAUGCAGCUUACACCUGUACCACUGCAUCACCUGCAGCAGCACCAAUCAAACCAAUCGUCCACAUCAGCACCCGCCUCAUCCGUCCUAAAUCAGCAGCAAAAGCAUCAGCAACAGCAGCACCAACAACAGCAACAGCUCAUGCAGAUGGGUGCCCAACCAGACGGUGCAACGGGAACCAGCGGGAACGGCAGCAACCCCAACAAUAUGGGUCUGCUGCAGUAUCAGAUGGCGCAGGAGCAGGCGCAAAUAUUGUUUACCUCCGGCAUGGAACAACAACAGGGUCAACAACAGCAACAACCGCCAGCCCAACAGCAGCAACAUCAAGGGGCAGGUAGUUCCGAUGCCGGAUCACGGACCUGUCCCUCGCAAACUAGUGAAAUGUAG